AUGUCCAAUGAGGCAAAGAUCGAUUACAUCAUGAGGAACGCGCUUGUAGCAUUACUGCAGGAAAAUGCUGAUGCAGAUGCGGAACAAGGGACCUUGGUUCUUGGCCAGCCCAAUUUCUGGGUAACUGAGGUCAUUUGCCUCAACCCCGAGUUCGACCUCGAUUUCGGCCUCCCGGCUCUUCCGAGAGAAAAUGAAGAGAAAGUGAAAUUCCCUGAUUGGAUAAUUUCUUUCAAAUGCAAGAACCAUCGCCAAGGCUGA